AUGUCCGCCACGAUCUUCGGACUGAACAAUGGUAUUGAGCGAUAUAUUGCAAGUGUGGGCUGGGGCUGUCUCCACCCCACAACUUGUCUCUUCACUCGACCCCUCCAACAAACAGUACUAACAAUCCACAAUGGCAGUCUCUUCAUGUCUCGGAUCAAGCUCACACAAUUGCCUAGCCAUCAUAACGAGUCAGCACAUCGCAUACAACGCAUAAAUCCGUCAACUUGCCCUAAAGCUUCAUGUUUUCUGGCAAUAUCACAACGGGCCUACUCCGCGCAAUGGCGCCCAUGGGCACGCAGGUCAUUGAUCAUGGGUCCCAACUACCUGGUCGUCUGGAAUUUCGGUAGACCAGCCCGCCCGGAGACCCUGGACCCACUCACUCGCAUCCGUCCUGCCGGGUUCCGCCUAGCUUCCUGGAGGUUCCUGUCGACAACCCUGCCCUAA